UUACGUCUAAUAACAUUAUUUUUUGUAUGUUAUAAUAUAAAAUGCAAAAGAAAAAAACAUUUCUGAUAAAACAAAAUAAAGGAAACAAUAAACGAAUAGAAAACUAUGAAUGAACGAAUGACGAAAUUCUCAUUUAUAUUGUUAAAUAACGAGUGUUUUUCUUUUAAAAAAUUAACGCAGUCGAUAAGAUACAUUUGUAGUGGAAAAAAAGCAAAGAAAUAUGCUAAAGAAUGACGUGACCGAAAAAAUAAAAAAAAAGAUUCUUUUCGACGAUCGUGAAAACUACUUGAUUUUUUGUCCAACAUUCGUGAAUAGAGAAGCACUUACGUGAUUGUGCGGUUAAUUAUUGUUCAAAAGUGCUGACGGGCAUAUUCUUCACGUAAAGAUGCAAUUUUAUUGUUUGGGCGCUUCGCUCUAAUAAUUUCAAUUAUAUAAGAUUUUGACAAAAAAGAAAAAAAAAGUCAAUUUUCUCGUGAAGUUUUGCCCGGUGUAAAUUUAACCCUAUUCGUUAUUACCCCGGUUUUUAGUUUUACCUAUAGAGAAUAUUAUUUUCUUUAAAAAAAAAGAAGACAUUCUUUUUUCAAUAUUCAAAAGUACCAGAAAUAAAAUUUUGAAAUAUAAAUCAUAUUCCGCGAUGUAAAUGUUUGUAAUCCUAAUUCAAAAUAACAAAAGUUUAUAAUAUAAAAUCUGAAAUUAAAAAAAUAUGUGAAUCUUGUACACAGUGUUUGACUAUAAACACUGACAGAAUUGUGUAAAUAUUCUUGUUUAUAUCUAUAUACAGAGUUGUUGUUUACAUAAAUGUUUGCUCAGUUCGAAAUGUAUAAUGGGACAAAUGUGUGUGUACUAUUGAGGAAGUCAUUGAUUAGAGAAUUUAAGUCACGUGAAAAACGGGAGAAGAAAUAAAAUUUGUAUUAAUGUGUGUUGUAGUGAUUUUUUCGAAAAAUCAAGGUGAAGAAAAGAAAAUGAUAAUUGAUUGUGCCCCGUGGCGCAAUUGCGCAAAAAAAUCAAGCUCAUGGUGUAAGAGCGCAAAAUACUCCCGGGACUCGUACAAAGAUCUUGAGAUUGAGCUCACAACAAAUGGCACCUGGAGGAAGAUACCAAUCGAUUACAUGUUGCUCGGAGUUCCACGGAAGCUAGGAUAUCGUGUACGUUACGAAGAGGGAACAAAUUUGCGAUGCCGCGAAGAUCCGGACACUGAAGAUUCGGACGACAGAACCAGGGAAACAUUAUCGAAAAUGUAUUCAUGACGAGAAAAUUUAUGUUCUUGUUAACCGGAAUAAUUUACAAAUUGAAACUCGAGUUCCAAAUUUAUUUUCUAUUAUAUAUCCUGAAUUUCAAUUUUCAACGAUUAUUAUUACCUGCUAAUCGAAGCGAGUCCCUUGUUUCCAAUUCAUCGUCAACACAAAUACACACACACUGCCUCGUGAUGUAAACAGAAGUCCCGUGCAGUCUUUGUUUUGCGGUUCUUCCUGGAAAAUUUACAGCAUCAAACGAUUAUAAACAUAUUUUACAUUUAAGAACGAUAUCAACUGAAUGGG